AUGACGGACGCACCGGCUAUUGAGAACGGUUCAGCUUCAGCUUCAGCGCCCGAGAUCCACGUUGCCGGCUCUGCAGCAGAUGCCAGGACCAGACAGUCAGCCUCUGACAAAGAGUCAAGCGCCGCUUUUCCGGUACUCACUCACACUCUGCGAGUUUCGGAGAACGUCACGGGCACAACAAGCUUGACUGACGAGCAAGCCGUGAGCCGCGAUCUGUCACCAAGUGGCGAGACGAUCUCUGACAGCAAUUCUGUUGUGAUGGCGGGUGCCGCCGUGCAAUCGGCAAUGCUGACAGCAGCUGCAGCGGCCAAGGCGUCUGCAUUAUCACCACCGCCGCCCGCGACAAAUGGCCAGGCUACGGUGACGCCUGCCACGGCAGAAGCCAACGGACUCGGGCGACGCAUUAGUCUGGUCAACGGCACUGGCCGUGGCCAGGCCAACGGAGCGACCAGUCGUGGUGGGCGGUAUCGCGAGACGCCGCGAAGCAGCUUGGGUGCAGGCGGAGGUUAUGCGGCGGCUGGCAUCGACCUGGACGCUAUUAGUUACCGGCAGCUGAACGAGGAUGUGGACGCGUACGCGGUGGACCUCGACUUUUGCGACUCGCAGCUGGCGCAGCCCGACCUGACGCCACAGGAGAUGCGCACACUGCAGCUGCGGCGACUUGACCUGGGCCAUCAGAUUCGCUUCAGCCAGCACCGCCGCGAGAUGUUGGAGGCGCAGCGGCUGCUCAAGGGCGGGCGACCGCUGGGGCGCAUCGUCCACGGCAGUGCAGGAGGGCGUGACAGCAGCGUCACGCUGGCGUCGCGGUCAAAGACGCUGCAGGGGCCGGCAGGGCCGAUGACAAAGCGGUCGAUGUCGGUGACGGCUCUGCCGGGCGACCCGGCAGCCAAGCGGGUGCGCGCCGUGUCCGAGGCCAGCGGACAGGACACAAUCAGCGUGCACAGCAGCAAUGGUUGUGGCAGCGACAGCAACGUGGACGGCAGCAUGGUCGGCAGCCGGCGCUGUAGCCUGGAUCCGGAUGCGACGGCAGCAGCGGCUGAUGUGACGAUGCUAUCGACGAUGACGGCAAUGACGUCGGCGACAAAUGGGACGGACGAGGCGGAUGAGCGAGACGCGACAUAUUCGCUGCAGCGGCUGGGCUUUUGGAAAUGCCGGCUCUGCACGUCGGAAAAGUAUCUGAUGGCAGGCGCCGGACGGCAGCCGAGCGCGCCGUCCAAGUGGCCGCUCAAGGACAUGGGCAAGCUCAUGUCGCACUACUUUGACAUGCACACGGAGCACGAGCCGGACGAGCGGUGUGCUGAGCUGGGCGAUGCGCUGGACCGGAACCGCGGUCCGUUCGAGUAUUGGCUGCGCAAGUCUCGGGCCCAACGCAUCCCAGACCGGUCAAUCAUCGACCAGGUAGUGCAGGAGCUGCAGGACGGACGCGUGCCUAAGACGCUGCGAGAUCUCUGCCGCGCAGCAGCGGCGUUUCCGGGGGCCUGA